GCAGGUUCUGUCUUUCUGUCGCUCGUUCUCUCCAUCACAUGCACACCUGCUUCCUCUUUAUUUCUCUCUCACACUUUCUCUUCUCUCUCUGUCCGCUCAGUCUCUCUCUCCUCUUCUCUCUCAGUCUGCAUCCUGUAGCCCUGAAGUGCAGUCCUCUCUCUCUCUCCCUACCGCUCUCUCUCCAUCUCUCUCUCUCUGCACCACUUGGAGGAGGAGUCACUGACACACACACUCUCUUUCUCACACACAACCUCUCUCACACACAGUCUGUGUGACCAGCCCAGCCAGCAGCCAGCAGGCCCGUUUCAGAGCAGGGAAGCCCAGGAGAGACCUAUCCCAGGAUGGAUGUACUGAUGAAGGGGUUCAGCAUGGCCAAGGAGGGGGUGGUGGCCGCUGCGGAGAAGACCAAGGCUGGGGUGGAGGGGGCAGCCGCUAAGACCAAGGAGGGUGUCAUGUAUGUAGGUUCAAAGACAAAGGAGGGAAUGGACGCAGGGGUAAACAUAGUUGCUAACCGCGACCAGGCGAACAUCGUCGGGGACCCCACUGCUGGAGCUGACCUCUUACAGGGAGGCAUGGAGAAUACCGGACAAGCGGAGGAGCCUCAGCCUGUAUACGAGGCAGAAUAUGGAGGAGUGGAGCAGGGAGGAGAAGGAGGAGAAGGCGGUUACUAGUAAUUCCAGGGACCUCUUCUCCCCAGCCCUCCGUUGGUCCCUCGCCCUGCUGUUCCAGACUUCCAGAUGUUCUAUUUAUUUUUUUGUGACUUUAUGGAACCAAACCAGAUACAGACUCUUCCAGAUAACUCUAUACACCUCCUGAUACCCCAUGAGACCCUCUUCUGCCCCCCCCCCACCACCACUGUGUUCUGCCCCAUGUAGCUCCCCGCCUUUGUGUCGUUGCUGUCAUGUUGUUACCCCUGGUGUUAUAUUCUCCCUCACACCUCCCAAUACCCUAUCAAGAGACCUGCACACACACACACACACACACACACACACACACACACACACACACACACACACACACACACAGGGUAGAUGUUAUCAGCCGGAUCACUAAGAUAGACGUCUGAAAAGGACCCAGGUGUGUGGAUAUAUGCCUUCGUUGGUGCUCAUCAAAAGAGAAGAAGAAGGAUUGACCAGAUCUGGGCGUGACCUUGUAAUGCUCAGAGCGUGCGGUUCAGAUUACUACGCCACCACAAUUGUUCCAGCAAGCCGCGGAAUUAAUGCGGCACAAAUAGACGUUCAUCCAUAAUACGUCGAAAUCCGAAAGGAAACUCCAGCCAGCAGACAGCUGUGAUGAUUAUUCAGGAUGACAGAACCACAGAGAGAUCAUAUCUGAUUGUAGUGUGUGUGUGUGUGUGUGUGUGUGUGUUAGACUCGUCAGAUAGUAGGGCAGUUCAGGAGUGUUCUGUCCACGAGAGGCUGCUGUAGGGACCCGUGCAAUGAACAGAGUGUGUGUGUGUGUGCAUUUGUUUGGGUAUGUUUGGGUAUGUGUGUGUUAGAGUGUGUUUGAGACAUGCCAGAAAGCAAUACAGGUGUUAUGUUAGUUAGUGUGUCCCUUGUUAGAAAUGACAUAGUCUGAGAGGAAGAAAGUUCCUGCAAAGACUGGGAAUCACACAACAACAGAAGCUAUCAAUAUACGCAGUACUUUACAAUGGAUUUGGUCUAGCCUGGGUGUGGUCUGGGUCUAGUUCUGCCCUGGGUCUGCUGGCAGGGUUGGAAGGGUUGGAAGGGAUGAAAGCAGAACGCGAUACCUGUGGAUCCUGAUGUUGUGAAGGGAAAAUUCCUUGUUAUAGUAAUACCACCGAGCAAUAGUCAGACAGACAGGGGGUUGUCAUAGUAAUACCACCGAGCAAUAGUCAGACAGACAGGGGGUUGUCAUAGUAAUACCACAGAGCAAUAGUCAGACAGACAAACAGGGGUUGGCAUAGUAACACCACCGUGCAAUAGUCAGACAGACAGGGGGUUGUCAUAGUAACACCACCGAGCAACAGUCAGACAGAUGGGAGUUGUCAUAGUAACACCACCGAGCAAUAGUCAGACAGACGGGAGUUGUCAUAGUAAUACCACCGAGCAAUAGUCAGACAGACAGGGGUUGUCAUAGUAAUACCACCAAGCAAUAGUCAGAGAGACAGGAGGUUGUCAUAGUAACACCACCAAGCAAUAGUCAGAGACAGGAGGUUGUCAUAGUAACACCACCGAGCAAUAGUCAGACAGACAAGGGGUUGUCAUAGUAACACCACCGAGCAAUAGUCAGACAGACAAGGGGUUGUCAUAGUAACUCCACCGAGCAAUAGUCAGACAGACAAGGGGUUGUCAUAGAAGAGCAUCCCACACAGGGAAUGCUGGGAAAUGGAUUUUAAAUUCGAUUUUUGAUUCCCACAACAAGAGUCAAUGGUUAACGACAGCUGCUCCUGUCAUCAACCAUCUCAGAACAAGCCUGGGACAGAGUGUGUGUUUGUGUGUGUUAUUUCUUUGAGACCAAUGGAAACUAAUGACUGCAUGUUGCCUUAUUAUGCACUCAAAUUCUCACACACACACACACACACACACACACACCCACACACACACACACACACACACACACACACACACACACACACACACACACACACACACACACACACACAGGUACCUGCACAAACCCCAGAUCCACACACACAGCACACUCAUAAAGCACACAAACAAAAACAUAAACACUCCCACACCACGUUUAAUUUGGCAUUGAAGCGGACUUGUUGAUUUUAUAACCAGUGAAUUAAAGACGGUUUUGUUGAAAUCCAAA